AUGCUAGGUGCCCUUACGGACUUCAAGAGCCAUGUGGAGGAGGACGAACACAGGUUCAGGGACACAACUGGGCCUUUGGCUAUGUUUCAUAAAAUUUCCGGUCCGAAGAUCCUCCCUAGUAUGCAAUUGCUUCUUCGAAGACCUCCGUACAGACCGUCACGAAACAUUGUGCCGCCCUGGGACGAUUUGAAUAUUCUAGAGGCAGCGACCGAUGUUCUGGAACAGCAUAUGCAGCCCCGCUCAGCAGAAUUUGCACCUUGGGAAUGGAAGACCUGGGUUCAAUGGCAUGCACUUGCAGUUGUCCUUGCGGAACUGAUAGCGCAACCUCAUGGGCACUUGUCUGACCGUGCCUACGCUGCCGCCACACAUAUCUUUGCUAAAUAUACCACACUCAUCGCUGAUGGGGACGCGGGUCAGCUCUGGAAACCUAUCGCAAGGCUUAUGCAUCGAGUACAAAAAUCGAGACAGCUUGCAUCAAAAGAGAUCUUGCCGCAUACUACGCAGGCCACCUUAGGCGCUCACCCAGACAUGGGUAAUGCACUGCCUCAGGGGACCACCGGACACUUUGAGACUUUUCCUUUCACCAAUUGGGGCGUUCAACCGGAGUUCGCGGAUUUAUUCUCAAGUGGAGAUAUCCAGAAUUACGAGAGACUAGACAAGGUCUACUCUACUGAAGACACACAGUGGCUUGCAUGGGACUGUUUCCUCCAGGAUUUGAACUUUCCCGGCGCCUGA